AAAUCUCGGAGGGAAAUUUGAAAAAAAUAUAUCCCACAAUUCACCACCAAAACAAAGAUGGAUGAUAUCAAGUCUUUGGAGCACGCCACUUUAAAGGUACCAUAUGAAGUUUUAAACAAGAAAUUCCGAGUUGCUCAGAAGAAUAUAGAUCGCGAAGUGGCACACGUUCAAAGCUCAACAACAGAUUUGGAGAAAUGCCUCCAGAAAAAAGAAUCAGUUCAAAAUGUCGCCAAAGUACUCAGUGGGAUGGUCGAGAAGUUGAAAGUGUUGAAAAGGAAGGCUGAAGAAAGCAUCAAAGAUGAAGUUGAGGCUGCCCAGGCUUGCAAACGUCGUCUGGAACAUCUUAAAGAAUUUGAGACUCUCUCGCCAAGUGCAGCUGUGCAGUGGCGGAAGAAACGCCUCGACAGAAUGUUAGUAGAGAAUUUCCUGAGGGCCGGGUAUUACAAUACAGCAUUGAAGUUAGCUAAACAUUCAGAGAUCGAGGACCUAACAAAUAUUGAUCUGUUCCUCGUCUCCAAGGAAGUUGAGGAAUCAUUGGAACAACAGGAGACUGCUAAAUGUUUAUCUUGGUGCCAUGACAACAGGUCCAAAUUACGCAAAAUGAAGAGUUCCCUAGAAUUUAAUUUGAGACAACAGGAGUUCAUAGAGCUUAUAAGGAACAACAAAAGAUUAGAGGCUGUUAGACAUGCAAGAAAGUAUUUUACUAAUUUAGAAGAAGCACAGUUAUUUGAUGUCCAAAGAGUAAUGGGACUUCUCGCCUUUUCCAGCAGUACUACAAUCAUACCAUAUAAGGACCUACUAGAUGUGAGUCGAUGGCAGAGUUUGGUCCAACAGUUCAGAUUUGAAAAUUUUAAACUCCAUCAACUGAACAGUCAAUCAAUAUUCUCAGUAACUCUGCAGUCUGGCCUUUCAGCAUUGAAAACACCUCAUUGUUACAAGAACAGUCCAGACUACAAGAAAGCUGAUUGUCCUGUUUGUACAAAACAUCUCAACCAGCUUGCAAGACCUCUUCCAUCUGCACAUUGUGCCCAAUCAAGACUUGUGUGUUUUAUCUCUGGGGAACCUCUCAAUGAACAUAAUCCACCUAUGAUGCUCCCAAAUGGUUAUGUGUAUGGCUAUAAUUCCCUGGUACAGAUGGCAGGUGAUAAUGAAGGAACAUUAGUAUGUCCUAGGACUGAAGACAUUUAUUCAUUUGAUGAAGCAGAGAAAGUGUUUGUCAUGUAGCAAGAAAGUAUUUAUAUUUAUGGAGAAUUUUUUU